AUGAAUUCUGAAAUAUAUCUAGUUAAAUAAAAUCAACUAUUCUGGCAUAGUAAACUUUUAACCACCAAUCCAAUUACUUUGCAAAUUCGUUCUGGAAUUCUUAAUACAAAUUGGGAAAAAGCAGAAAAUCUACAAAUAGAACUAAAAAAAUUUAGUUCUAUUGAAAAUGGUAUCUAAGAAAUUAGUGAAAUGAUUAAACUCAAACUUAGAUAAGGAUAUCAUGAAAUUAAACCAUAAGAAAUAGUUAAAGCAUAUGAAUAAAUUAAUUUUCCUGAAGCUGAAUAUAAAUAUGAAUUAGAUUUGAAAUAUAAACAAUUUCAAUAAUAAAAAGGUGAAAUUGAUGAUAAAUAACUUAGUAAAAAAGAAUAAAUUGUAUAAAAAAUUGAAAAAAAAUAAAAGUUAAGAUAACCAGGUUUAGGUUUACCAGAUAAAUCUUGUUCAGAAUUAUUAGAUGAUGCAACUUAAGGUAGAUUAAUAUCUGUAUGGCCAAAAUAUAAAAUGAGACCAAAUCUUGGAGAAAAUUUAGGACUUGGACCUACUUUUUCAAAAAGUUAAAGAAUAUCAUGUUUAUUAGCUUCUAAUUGGAAUGUAUCUAUAGAUCCUAAAGGAUAUUAUCUGAGUGAAAAAUUAGAUGGAAUGAGAAUGAUUUGGACUGGAAUGGAAAUGUUUACUAGAAAUGGAUAUUCACUAAAAUUUCCAUCUUAUUUUAUAGAAGGUUGGCCUACAACCUAUUUAGAUGGAGAAUUAUGGAUUAGUAGAGGAACAUUUAAUAAAGUAUUAACAUCAGUUAGAAAAAGAACUCCAGAUCCAAAUGCAUGGAAAAAUAUUAAAUUUAUGGUUUUUGAUGCUCCUUUUUUAUAAGAACCAUUUAGUGAUAGAUAUGCUAAAUUAAAGAAAGCAAUUGAAAAAAUUAAAAAUCCACAUCUUGUUUAUGUUCCUCAUAAAAUUUGUUAGGGAAAAGAACAUUUAGCUGAAGAAUUAGCAGAAGUAUAAAAUAAUGGAGGUGAAGGUUUAAUGUUAAGAGAUCCAGAUUCUUUAUAUGAUGGAAAUAGAUCAAAAACUUUAUUAAAGGUUAAAUCAUCAUUAGAUGCAGAAGCUAUAAUUAUAGAUUAUAUAGACGAUACUCAUAUGAAAAAAGAUGAUGUUUUGGGAGGUUUUAUAGUAAAAAAUGAUUAAGGAUUAGAAUUUGAAGUUGGUUUAGGUUUAAAAAUUGGAAUUAAAAAACAAAGACCUCCUAUUGGUUCAAAAAUAACUUAUAAAUAUUGUGGAUUAGCUGAAAAUGGUUAUCCUAAAUUUCCAGAAUUUGUAAGACUAUAUCCUCAAGAUUUAUGA